UCAGCAUUCGGCGCGCAGCCGAAUAACAUCGCGCAUAGUGCAGUUAUAACUCGCGUGCUUCUACUGUCAACAAACUUUCACUUCGACAGUAAAUAAACAAAAGAUACAAUUUUUGAGAUUAACACACACUGCUCUUUUGAAAUUUACGUAACGAAACUUUGACGUCACGCAAUUAAACUUUAAUUAAAUUAUUAAAGUACAAUAAUUUGUCGCGGUUCAAAGUGGUUGUGUUUUUUUCGUUCACAAUGUGUAUCAAUUGAAAAUUUUUAUCACUGGAACAACAAGUGCCGGAGAUUUGUAGUUCAUAAUAGAGUUUUAUUGGAUUGCAGCGAGCUGUGUAGAGCAUUAAAUUGACUGAAUGGUUCCAACUGUGCAGUGACUGAAUUAACUACCUACCUACUUGUUAAUCAACAUGGGUAAAGAUUAUGGGGAGCCGAUACGAUACGACCCGAACUUCAACGGUCCCAUACACAACCGAUCGUGUACCGAUAUUCUAUGGCUCAUCCUGUUCAUACUGUUCCUCGGAGUAUGGGGCUAUGUCGGCUACUAUGGCAUGACCCACGGGAACAUACAAAAGCUGUUAGCACCAAUCGACACAAAGGGCCGUCGUUGUGGCCUCGACUCAGGCCUUGAGGACAAGAAGUACCUCGUGUUUUUCAACAUUGCCAAAUGCUUGUCUCCAGGCACACCCAUCACAGGAUGCCCGACGCCUCAGGUUUGCGUAAAUCAAUGCCCGGCGAGAACGAUACUAUUCGAUGUCGAAAUGACAGAAAGCAACUUUGGUGAAUUAAAAUCAAAAAUGGUGUGUACGGACGACGUCAACAUGAACACUUUGACUUACACCCAAGCAAAACAAUACAUGCAAGAAGAUAAAUGUGCCAGUUACGUAUUACAGAGCCAAGCAGUGUUAUCCCGUUGCAUCGGUGAUCUGUCUACUCUUCAAUGCAAGGGGGACGACAAAACAAGUCAAAAAUCCCUAAGUCCUGUGAGAGACAGCUGCGUGCGGAACCCUAGCGAGGCUCGCAGGUCGCUGGUGAACAGCGCCACCGCCCUCGACUCGUACGUGGGCUGGAUCGUCGCCAGCUGGACGACUUUCUUCACGCAGACGGACGAGCGCAACACUUACAUUCUGUCAGGCCAGAUAGUGCAAGACCUCGUAAAGUCCCGCUGGUACUUGCUGGGCGCCUUGGUCGGCGUGAUGGUGGUCUGCUUCAUAUACAUCCUGCUGCUCAGGUGGGUGGUGGCGCCCGUCGUCUGGGCCACCAUCGUCGGACUCAUUGGACUGCUUGGAUUCUGUCUUUAUCUAUGCUAUAAGAAUUACGCAUAUUACAAAGCGAACCCCGUAAGUUUGACACAGACGACCAACCUCAAGGGUUACGCGCAAUCCAUCUUCAGUAAAGCGGAGACAUGGCUCGUAUUACUUAUCGCGAUCGCAGUAAUAAUGCUGAUAUUGCUAUUAAUAGUAAUAUCCCUUAGAAACAGAAUAGCUAUUGCUAUUGCGCUCAUCCGGGAAGGAAGCAAAGCGGUAACUGAUGUUAAAACGACAAUAUUAUUCCCGAUAUUCCCGUGGAUCAUACAAUGCUUUGUAAUCGGGUAUGGCGUACUGGUGCUCAUGUACUUGCUAUCUAUCGGCGAGUCAGCCUUCAGAGUCGUCAAUUUGAAGAAUGAUACUUCUUGUGAUUGUGGCGGCCAGUACACUGAGGACUACGUGUCGUGUGAUCCAGCAACGUUCACGAUGAGCUGUAAGGACGCGGCCGGUGGGUUGUGUCGGCUCGCGACGUGCCACUUCACUGGUCUCGACAGUCCACACAGCGUCGUGUAUUUGCAUUUGGCCAACGUUCUGGGCUUUUUCUGGACGAUGUUCUUCAUCAGCGGCGUGUCUGACAUGAUGCUGGCCAGCACCUUCUCCACGUGGUACUGGACUUACAACAAGCGUGACCUGCCAUUCUUCACGCUCACUUCCGGUAUAUACAGGACAUUACGAUAUCACUUAGGCACCGUCGCCUUCGGAGCUCUCAUCAUAGCCAUAGUGCGAGUAAUCCGCGUCAUUCUGGAGUACAUCGACCACAAGAUCAAGAAGUUCGACAACCCCUUCACACGAUGCAUCAUGUGUUUCUGCAAGUGCUUCUGUUGGUGUCUGGAGAACUUCCUCAAGUUCAUCAAUAAGAAUGCGUACAUAAUGUGCGCGGUACACGGGCAGAACUUCUGUAAGAGCGCGAGAGAUGCCUUCUCUUUGCUCAUGAGGAAUAUUGUUAGGGUCUUCGUGUUAGAUAAGGUCACAUACUUCCUAUUCCUGCUAUCGAAGGCGCUCAUAUCCAUCGGGGUGGGUCUGGCCGUGUACUACCUGCAGCAGUGGAACUUCGUGUACGAGCUGACGCAGGGCGAGCGGCUGCACAACGACCUCAUCCCCGCCAUCAUACUCAGCAUAGCCACCUACCUCAUCUGUACUAUAUUCUUCAAUGUCUACGAAAUGGCUGUGGAUGCCUUGUUCCUAUGUUUCCUUGAAGACUGCGAGAGAAAUGAUGGUUCGCCCGAAAAACCAUACUUCAUGUCGAAAGAUCUUAUGAAAAUUCUUGGUAAAAAGAAUAAGACAUUUUAAUUGCAAUGUGCCAAAUAAUAUGUAAUGUACGAGUGUUGUGAAUGUUAUGUAAGAGUAAGUUCAAUGUGUCAAACUUUGCAAUCAUUGUCACAAUAUUAUCACCAAACUUGUACUUCGAUUUACACCUUUUAUAGGAUUUUUAUGAUAUUUCUAUUUGUAAAAUAGUUUUACUCAUUUAGAUAUCUACUAUUUACAGUAUUGUACUAUAGUUUAUGAUAUAAUUUUAAUACGAUUAUUUAAAACCAAAAAUUAACUUUGUUAUGUACCUUUGAAAAUUUAUAGAGGUCAUUUAUGCACUCUGAACCACUUCGAACAUUUUGAUUGUGGUUUGUGAUAUUGCCAAUAAAUUUUAUCGUAAUUUU